CCAAGCACAAAGGUUGGCGACUGCAAUACUGAACGUGUUGUUUACUAGCAUAAUAUACAGGCUAUUGCUCCAGUGAUUGCAGAGACUAGGGGGCAUUGCAAUAGAAAUUCAACAAUGGAUUUUAGCACUUCUUCAGUGUUUGACCAACAGAAAGGUGAUUCGGCGGAAGAAAUUGAUCUGAGCCUGGUGUAUCACGCCGCAGCAAAUGGAGAUAUUAACACCUUGACUGCCGUCAUCCGUGAAGAUCCUUCAAUACUGGAAUGCUGUGAUAGUGAGGGCUGUACUCCUCUGAUGCAUGCCAUCUCAGGACGCCAACUUGAUACAGUGAAAUUGCUGCUGAAAAUGGGAGCCAAUAUCAACACUCAAGAUGCCCGUGGGCGAACCAGUUUAUCUCUGGCAACCUAUCUGGGAUGGCUUGAGGGCUGUGUCAGUCUGCUGAGAAAUGGUGCCAAACAAAACAUCCCAGAUAAAAAUGGGAGAUUACCACUCCAUGCUGCCACCGCUGAUCCCAAUGUCAGGCUUUUAUCUGUACUGCUGCAGCAGUCUGAUCUGAGCGAAAUUAACCACCAAGAUAAUGAGGGAAUGACAUCACUUCAUUGGGCUGCAUUCCACAAUCGACCCCAGCAUGCCCAGACACUGCUGCAUAAAGGAGCUGAUCCAACAUUGGUGGACAAGGAUUUUAAAACAGCUCUUCACUGGGCAGUUCAGAGCGGAAACCGGAUCCUCUGUUCUAUCAUCCUGAGCCACCAUCAGGGCCCAUCAAUAAUAAACUAUGAUGAUGAGAACGGGAAGACUUGCAUUCACAUUGCCGCUGCUGCAGGAUACAGUGACAUUAUCAGUGAACUGGCUAAAAUCCCAGAAUGCAACCUGCAGGCCCUUGAUGUGGAUGACAGGACACCUUUGCACUGGGCUGCUGCAGCAGGAAAAGCUGACUGUGUAAAGGCCUUGCUACACCUGGGGGUAGAUAGCAGCCCAAGGGACAUCAGCGAGAACACCCCCCUGACCUAUGCUAUGUACUGUGGGCACACUGCAUGUGUCAAACUACUCUCCCAAGAGAACAGACCUGAGUUCAUUCAUCAAGUCCCCUCCCAGAACAAUAAAUUCCUGAAGAAGGAAGGUAGAUUUAGUAUGCUUAACCAAAUCUUCUUCUGCAAAAAAAAGAGGGAGGAGGAUUGGAAGGCAAACUCAAAAGACAGAAGUAGAGAUCGAUCUCAGAGGGAAGAGACAUCAGAAGUAGAUGAGAUCAUCACAACAUUUGACUGUAUUAUGGAUGCCAGCUGCAAAGGCUCAUAUGAAGAGUGUGGCCCAGCUAUUGACUUUCAAAGAAGAAGCACGGAUACCAAGAAGUACCUCAUCUCAGACAAUAACACACCAGACUGCAACGGCCUUCCGCCAAUAAGAACGCAAAGUCUCCCACCCAUUACUGUGGGUCAUUCUUUUUUAACGACUUCUCACACUGCCACCUCUGGCCUGAGUUUGGGUACUGAUAUCCACCAUCUUGCACACUGGUCUCAAAAAAGCAGAAGUGAACAUGAUUUGUCAGAUCAAAGGAGCAGCCGGCAAAUUUUGGGUAACCCUUGGAAAGUUGACACUAACCAAAUACUGACCUGUAAAGUCUGGAGGACAAUGCCUUCUGAUAAUAAACUGAUAGACGGAUUGUUCCCGGACAGAUCCAGUCAUGUAUUAUUGUGUCCUCCCCAUCUUCCACACCUGCCUAAUUAUCCAUCAGGGAAACCAUUUCAACAGGCCACUCUAGAAAGACCCAAAGUAAAAGAUCUAAUACCUGUGAGGAACAACUUGGCUCCCAUCAUAAACCACUGUGUUCAGAAAGCCCAGCUACCACCCAGCAGAGCUUCUCAGGGUGUCAAGGAGUCAAAGUCAUUAUCUUUAAACUCCUUGAGGACUAGCACCUCAGCUCUUCCACCAGCCCUUACCACCAAAUCCUCCAAAGCAGGGCUUUCUCAGAGUCACUUGCUGUACUCUUUCUUACCCGUGCUAUCAGCAGAGCCUCUCCGAACAAGCAGAGUCCUGCCCGCCAUUCCACGCCAGAAGGGAUCCGGCCUCACAGGAGAAGCGCUUAAUCAGUCUCCGUGCAAAUCAAACACUGACGAUUAGGUCAUGAGUCCCAGGUAGCCCAAGA